AUGCUUUCUAGUGUUCAAUUGGCUCAAGAGGCCAAGGAUUAUAAAUUCAACCCUGCUAUCCCACUUCGGAUAUACCUUAAGACAUGUAUUGGAAUCCUUGAUAAAGCGCAAUUGAGUUUCCAAACUGGUGAUAAUGCAAGGGCCUUCAUGUAUUACUAUCGUUAUGUGGAUCUCUGUACAAACAAAUUAUCUAGACAUCCAGAAUUUUUGAUAAGUGAAAAACCUCAGAGUGAUCCUGACUUAAAACUUUACAGACAAGAAUAUUUACAAUUGAUAAAAUUAGAGGUUCCUGCGGUACUUAGGAUAAUUGAAGAUCUAAAAAAUAGGAUUGAUGCUGAGUGGGAAAGACAUCAAGUAUCUUUGGCUAAAAAUAUUGCUAGAAACCGUGUUACCCAGGUACAUGGUUCUGAAAGUAAAAGAGAAAUGGUAGCACUGCCGCCAUCUUUUAACGAACAAAAUUUCCAACAAUCGUUAAACUUUUUGCAAAAUUCAUCGAUGAAUGUUAGUAGUAGAGUAAGAUUAAGUCAUACAACCACCUUUUCCACUUUGGAAUCUAGUACAGAUAAUACACAGAGAAAUAAUGUCACUGAACGUGCAACAGAAGAAACUAUAACUAACUCGACUACUUUACUGCACUAUCCAGAAUUACCACAAUUAAGUUUCCCAACUUUUUAA